AUGACUGCAACGACGUUGCUGUGGAUCGGUCUCAUACUAUUGGUGUUACAGACACCAGGUGGAUACGGCCAGUGGAAUGGAUUGACCAGCUAUGUGCCUUUAUCUGCAAAAUCAUUGGAUAUGCUGUUUAUUUUUGAUACAUCGAAUGCCGAAUUGUUUGAGCAGUCGAAAAUGUUUACUGUUGAUACGCUUGCUGCCGCCGACAUUGAUAAUGAACUGGUACAUGUUGGUCUGGUAACCUUCACGUCGCCCUACUUUUUUCGCCAUCACGAACUUGACAAUGGCAUGAGUAAAAACGACCUUGUGAAUACUAUUCUAAGUCUACCGGUAAUGUCGAUGAAUACGAUUUCAACGUAUGACGAGUUCAGUGAUAUUCUGAGUGAGACUAAUGGAGGGCGCCCUUACGUGUCCAAUAUAACAGUGGUGUUUGUGUCGAAUUAUUCCUCCAAUGAUAUCACCUCUGCUCUACAACUCCUACAGCUUACGGAGUUUGAUAGCGAAGUAAACAUUGUUGGAAUACAACUGUACAAUUCGACAGAUCUCAUGUCAUAUGCCAGUCAUUCAUACAUCGCUGAUGACGUGAAGCAGCUGGAUAGUUUUACAGCGACCACAUUUUUCACCACUUUUACAGACGAUUGUGGCAAUGGUGGAGAUCCAGCUACAACAACUACGGCGGCUCCUUCAAGUGAAACGUUGGAGGAAUGGAGCACGAAUACCAGAAACAACCUAAUUUUAGACACAUCAACGCUUUCUUCGACCAUCAGAAAGAAGACCUCCGCCCCAGACAGUCGACCGUCCAGCACCGUAAUCGGCUAUUUAGGGUUUGUGAUCGUUCUGACGACUUUUGUUCUACCGAUAAUAGUGGACAUCCCGACCUUUAUACGACAUGCUAAAUUGUCCAUCAAAUAUCAAAAGAAGUACAGAAAUAAGAUGAACACGCUUAAGGGAAAAUGACACCAGAUCAGGAUUUCUAUCAAUUCAUAACACUAUUUAUCUUUAUUGAAAUCUACUAAUGAUGUGAAAGUCCUAUUUUCUGAUUUUCGAUUGUGUACAUCAUGUUGCUUGUUACAAUAAAUGAUACUCACAAAUAUGGAGUUAUGCCCUUUGUUGAAAAUCUCAUAGAACUUAACCACACAAUUUGAUGUUUAAAAUAAAUUGUUUUUAGAUGCAUGCACAAAUUGGAAAAUAUUUGUCGAAUUAAGCAUUUCAAAGAUUUCAAUAAUUGCUUUUUUCAUACAAGUAAGGGCACCUAGUUGAACCCCUGCUGUAUAGUUUAAGUUAAUCAAGUGAAAUCCUUGUCAGUUUAAAUAUGAAUUUAUAAGUUUUCUUUUGAAAAUCCGAAUAAAACCGCCCACUAUCUUUUCUUUGUGGAACAAAAAGAAUGUGUGUGAAAGACUGUUGUCAUUGUGAGACAGGAGUGAGAUAAAAACAGGUAGAGAACAGAUAGUCAGUGAUUAUAUUUAAAUGGCUGAUGAAAAAUCGAGCGUUCAAGACAGAUAGUUUUGUGAAACAUGUUAUAGCCAGGAAUGGUCAAGUAUAUUGGUGAAAGGUUAAAAGUAAAGUUAUGACUGAGACAAAUGUCUGGAAUUUAUGAUGUUGACAAUUAUCGUAAGGGUAAGAAUUGAGGGGAGAUUGAGGAUUAAAACUUGCAGUAUGAUCGGAACUGAAUGUGGUGUGUGGUCUGAAUGUGCGCGUGAUAAACUCUGACGGGAUAGUGCUUAGACAUGCAGUUUUUGUACAGUGUAGAGAAAUAUUAUGAGGCAGAGGAAUGAAAGUAUU